CCCGAGCCUCCGGGCGGCGGGCCAGCCUCCCCGAGCCGCGCCGCCCCGGUCCCGCCGAGCGCGCGAAGCCCCGGGACAAUGGGGCCGCGGUGUCUGCUGCUCUGGGCCGCGGGGCUCGGUCUCUGCAGCCCCCUGGUGUCGGCCGGCACCCGAGGCCCCAGAACAGAGUCAGAAGCGACAAACGGUACUCUGGGUCCCCGGUCUUUCUUUCUCAGGAAUCACGAUGACGGAUAUGAACUAAUCCCACUGCACGAUGGCGAGGACUCGAGUGAAGGUGAAUUCACAGAAGGCAGAUUAAGCUCAGGCAACAGAAGCAGCCCUCCUCAAAAGUCAUCCCUUCCGUUUAUCUCCAGUGCUGCCUCGGGAUAUCUGACCAGCGCCUGGCUGACUGUCUUUGUCCCCUCGGUCUACACGGGCGUGUUCCUCGUCAGCCUCCCCCUGAACGUCGUGGCCGCGCUGGUGUUCGUCCUGAAGAUGAAGGUCAAGAAGCCGGCCGUGGUGUACAUGCUGCACUUGGCCGUGGCAGACGUGCUCUUCGUGUGUGUGCUUCCGUUCAAGAUCAGCUACUACUUCUCCGGAAGCGACUGGAGGUUCGGGUCGGCCCUGUGCCGCUUCGUCACGGCGGCCUUCUACGGGAACAUGUACGCCUCCAUCAUGCUCAUGACGGCCAUCAGCGUCGACCGCUUCCUGGCCGUGGUGUACCCCAUCCAGUCGCUCUCCUGGCGGACCCUGGGGCGCGCUUCCUUCGUCUGCCUGGCCAUCUGGGCCAUGGCCAUCGCGGGCGUGGUGCCUCUCCUGCUGCAGGAGCAGGCCGCCCGGGUGCCGGCGCUCAACAUCACCACCUGCCACGACGUGCUCAACCAGACGCUGCUGGAAGGCUACUACUCCUACUACUUCUCCGCCUUCGCCGCCGUCUUCUUCUUCCUGCCGCUGUUUCUGUCCACAGUCUGCUACGUGUCCAUCAUCCGAUGCCUCAGCUCUUCCAAGGUUGCCAACCAGAGCAAGAAGUCGCGGGCUUUGCUCCUGUCCGCGGCUGUCUUCUGCGUCUUCAUCCUUUGCUUCGGACCCACAAACGUCCUUCUGCUUCUCCACUACGCCUUCCUUUCCCCGGAUUCCGUGACAGAGGCUGCCUACUUUGCCUACCUCCUCUGUGUCUGUGUCAGCAGCAUAAGCUGUUGCAUCGACCCCUUGAUAUACUACUAUGCCUCCUCGGAAUGCCAGAGGCACCUCUCGGCGAUCUUAUGCUGCAAGCAAAGUGCAGAUCCCAGCAGCUGUAACAGCAGCGGGCAGCUGAUGCCAAGUAAACUGGACACCUGCUCCACCAACCUGAGUAGCAGCCUGUACAAAAAGCUCUUAACUUAGGAAAAGGGACCGGCAGUCACUUAAAAGGGAAAUGUUAAAAAAGCAAAUCACCUGAGGAUUCGACUUCAUCCCUGACAAAAAAAAAGUAUUUCCUUUACCAUCCAAAACAAACGUGUGAUUUACAUGUCUCCCUACGAAAGCUUGUAUAUUUGUUAGUUACAGACAAAAGUAACAGGAGUAGAAAACAUUAUUCCAAGAGAGUAUUGCCAGUGUUACCACAAGAACUAGACAUCUCUUUUCAUAUAUUUACAUGACUUAUUAUAGAUGUAUAGUGUGAAUUUAUACACAUGUACUUAUAUCCUUUGCAGUACAGUAUAGAAUAGGCACUUUGAAACCCUCUCUUUUAUCACCAGAGACUAUGGAAAUAAACUCUGAUUUUCUGAUUUAACGUGCAAAGUUUAGGUCGGAACAUCUGAAGAAGCCCAUCAGUAGUGAGAGAUUCUACAGUCUGGACUUGCACAGCUUUUGCAAAUAAAUGUAUUUUUAAAUUGUUCAACAGCAAUGUUUAAAUUGUUGAGGAAUGAGACUUAGUACUAGCUGUGUGUAGAGAAAGUUCUUUUGUUUUUCUUGUUAAAUAGAUUAAAGUUUGAAUUCUUAAAAUUAUUAAAGCGGAUGAAAACAGAUGAUGCGGGUAGCAUUUUUGCUGCUUUACACACCACCUGUGUGAACUGAGAAUGAACAGAAGUCCCACCAGUGACCUGAGGUUGGCUUUCAAAGCGACCUGCUCCCCUCCCCCAGAUGAAGGGCUCCGGGCGGUAGACACAAGACCGGGCCACGUGUUUGCUGUCCUCUGCUGGGAUUCCCUCAAGGAUUGGCCGUGAGCUUACCAUGUUUAUUAGAAGUUGGUGGAGUAGGAUGUGCCAUCCCAAGAGACAAUGAAUGUAAAAGACUUCUCUGUCUCUGUUAAGAAUGGAGAAAGAAGGCAUGUUUGCUUUCAGCAGUUAGGCUGCAAGGGUCACUGUCAACUGGAAGCAGCUAUAUAGCAAUCAUGGACAGUCAUCGUGUGCUCUAGGCACGCAUGCGUGCUGGGCAAACACAGUUGAGUCAGACUGAAACCUACUCUCGAGAAUAACAAAGUGGACCGACACGUGGAGUGCGACAAGUGUUAAAGAAAUGCAUCAGUAUGUAAAGAGGUGCUUUUAGCCAGAUGUCACCAAGCAAGUUCCACAUAAUCAAGCCUGGCUGGUGAAGAACUUUGAACAUUUGGGUUACUGCUUCCUGUGGUUAUAACUUGAGAGGAAAACAUAAUAUAUUACAAGAAGCAUGUUUUUAAAAAUAGGUCCUUCAGUAACAGAAUAUGAAAAUUUUUAUUACAGUGUUAUUCAAGCAAGAUAAUUAUAAAUUCUGUAUAUAAUAUAAUCAGUCUAUGUAUCAACAUGAAAGCAAAGUUAUACAUAAAAGAGAUUGAAAAAAUAAACUAAAACAUCAACUAAGGAUAAAAAGGAAGUCCUUCAAAAAAAAAAGUGCUUCAGUCUGACUUAAUUAGACACUAUUUACAAAUGUUUUGUUCAGUACCUACUCAAAUCAGAUUUUUUAAAAAGCAUUAAUUAUGUCAGAAAUGGCAGAAGAAAUGGAAUUGACUUUGAAAUCUAGGCAAAUGGUCUCCAUUUUUUCCAUUCACUUUUCUUAAGAGUUAAUGAAAUGGCUUUAAAAGCCAUUUUUUAACCCUAUGAUGAGUAUCAAGUACAGAAUAUCCUCGUGUAUUUAGCAAAAUAAUUAAAAAUAAUGUUGAUAUAUAACUUUUUUCCUUAUGAAAAAAUGUUGGCAUUUUAAACAAACAAAAAGAAUAGAAAACUAAGACAAAUGCUUACCUAUUUAAAAAAAACUGUUUCCAAAUUCCAUUGAAUAAUUUACAUAAAAAUAUGUAUUGUAAAGUAAGUAAAAGUUAACAUUGUUUUUAUUAAUUUAGUUAUUGUCUUCAUUUUAUCUAACUUAGCGAUAGAUAUACUGUCACUGUUUAUUCUGAAAUGCAUCUGACUUAAUAUUGAAAUGUUUAUAUUGAAAUGCAUCUGACUUAAUAAGACCCAUUACUGUAUUAUAUAAGACCCAUUACUGUAUUAUCAGUAUGUACUUAUAAAAUAUUACAUCACUGUUUUUAUGUUCUUUUUAAAAAAUGUGUAUAACCUCUAUUAAUAAACCUGAAGGUUUGCUUGA